UGGAAGGCGAACCUCACAUUUCGUUUUGUUUGUAUAUUUGUUUGUUGUUUAACGCCGUACACGGCAAUGUUCUAUCUGUAUGUCCGUCGGGUUACCAAUGAUGGCACGCAAUGAAGCCUGUCACUGAGCCUGGCCACAAAAUCCAUUUAGUCGCCUCCCACGACCAACAUAGGUUAAUGUGGACCAGCAAAGGAAAGGAGGACCUGUUAUUUCAAAAAGGACAUGACCGGGCUACAUAAGACCAUGUCGACAAGAUAACAUCAAUCCCUGCUGUUACUGUUGUAAUACAACGCCAUAUAUACCAACAUGAGUAUUCAUUGAUCUUCAUUUCAAAGCGGCCUUCCACCAUGCGUUUGGCUGGGAGCAUCACAAUCACGUGUCUUAUCUGUAUUCAGAUCUGUGUAUCAGUUGUUAUUGUUAUCGCCCUGGGAACCCGUCCAGUACAAAAUAAGACAAUCUUAGCUUCAGGCGAAUCACAUCAUCUUCGUGAAGAUUGGGAGAAAGGCCUGGAUGAUGAAUACAAGAAAAUGCCAAAUGGACAUGGUCGUACACGAACACGACGUAUUAACGAUGCUGAUAUUGACGUGGUUCUUGAGAACACACAGCUGUGCCGAGGAGUUUCAGAGGUGGACGUUGUAUUUGUUGUCCACAGCACUACUGACCAUUAUGACCGUCGGCAAAUAUUUCGAACAAUUUUCCAGAAGCAGAAAACACACACAAAUUAUACCGUACGACAUGUAUUCCUCCUUGGGCAAAGGAACGACGUGAAAAUUCAGGAAAUAAUCAACCAAGAAUUCAACCAACAUGGCGACAUUGUCCAAGGUCGGUUUCAGGACAGUUAUAGGAAUCUGACGUAUAAAGCUGUUAUGGGAUUGAAAUGGAUCAGCCACAACUGUAGGGACGUGAAAUACGUCAUCAAAAUGGACGAUGACGUUUACGUUUCUUUGCGCAUGUUUUUCACAUAUAUUUAUCAUCAAUAUACGGGCGAUAACAGGGUUUUAUGUUGGUCGUGGAAGAGUUCAACAGUGCUUGUCAACAGAGGGGGGAAGUGGUCCAUUGAUAAGGACGAUCUAAGGCAGUAUGAUCUGUUUCCUUUGGAUUACUGCAGUGGUUUUGCUGUCGUUAUACCAGGGGCGAUAACUCCAGCUCUGUACAAGGCGACCAGGCUUGUUCCCUUUAUGUGGAUCGAUGACUAUUUCCUAUCCGGGAUGGCGCGUGCUGCAGUAACAAAACUGCAUGAUCUAAGUCCAUAUCAUUACUAUGUUAUUUUUCCUCAACACCGGGCGGCUUGCAUGAAAACAAUAAACCUGUGUAAAAUUAUUUUUUCCCCAAAUACUAAGAUCCGAAGACUACCAGUAAUAAAGGCAUAAUUUCCCCCACUUUUUUUGGUAUUGAAAGAAACGAAAGAGAAAAAGGAAGGGAGGGUGAAGGAAGGACAGAGAAGUAGAACGGGAGGUGUAAAAAGAUAUGUUCAGUUCAGACAUAUUUCAUUUAAAUUACAAUGUUUGGAAUAUCGGAAUUUAGAUAGCCAUCUUUCAUCCAUGUUCGCAGGAUCGAUCCCCGUCAGCGCCAUACCAAAACACGUAAAAAGAUUGUUCUUGUUUUAACCCUGCCUGGCGCUCGGCAUUAAGGGGCUAAAACAAGGGCGUGUUGACUCAGUAUACUGUGUUUGAGUGGGGUAUUAAUGUUAAACUGCGACAUGGUAUCUCAGCAGCAACACUCACACGACACACACUCACCUCACCUUCACUUCUGUGCAGAGUUGCGUCCCUUUUGCGUGUCAGAAAUAUAUGGACGUUGGUUCAAAUCCUGAUAGGCCCUGCUUAUGUUUCGUCAUUAUAUUGUAAUCUAUGGAUAUUAAUCCUACCUUGUGUGAACAUAUCAUCAUGUAUAUAUAACUCUAUGCGCUAACCCAGUAUUGACCUGAUGACUGAGCAAGAAGUAGCCCUAAAGCGUCUUGAAAAAGAAUAA